AUGCGGAAACGGCGCGCGCGCUUCCGCCUCCGCCGCCCGAGACCGGAAGUCCCGCCCCCACGCCCCUCCCGGGCGUCCGGAAACGCCCCCGCCCGGCAAGAGGGGGGACGGCGCCGCCCUGGUCACGUGCUUGUCGCCGGGAGGAUCGAGAGCUACUCGUGCAAAAUGGCUGGGGAUGACAAACACCUGUUCAAGCAGUUCUGCCAGGAGGGCCAGCCCCACGUCCUCGAGGCCCUGUCGCCCCCUCAGACCACGGGGAUCAGCCCCAGCAGGCUCAGCAAGAGCCAGAAUGGCGAGGAGGAGGGGCCGCUCAGCGACAAAUGCAGCCGCAAGACUCUCUUCUACCUGAUCGCCACGCUCAACGAGUCCUUCCGUCCGGACUACGACUUCAGCGCUGCCAAGAGCCACGAGUUCAGCCGGGAGCCGAGUCUCAACUGGGUGGUGAAUGCCGUGAACUGCAGCCUCUUCUCCGCCGUGCGGGAGGAUUUCCCUGCCCUGAAGCCUCAUCUCUGGGAUGCCGUGGACCAGGAGAUCUGCCUUUCGGAGUGUGACAUCUACAGCUACAACCCAGACCUGGACUCGGACCCGUUUGGCGAAGAGGGCAGCCUGUGGUCCUUCAACUACUUUUUCUACAACAAGCGGCUGAAGCGGAUCGUCUUCUUCACCUGCCGCUCCAUCAGUGGCUCCAUGUACCCCCACCUGGAGGCGGGCCAGGAGCUGGACAUGGACCUGAGCGAGGAGGAGGUGGAGGAGGCGGUGGAGGCCUGCGACCAGGAAGGAAGCAGCAUGGAGGGGGGCCGGAAGCCAGUGAUCUGCAUGUGACGGCCCAGGACCGCCUGUCCCAAGGAUGGUGCCUCCGCUGGAGUCCCCCUGCCACCACCCCAGCGUCCUCCUGCCCCGGCUGCCCACCCGGCCACCCUGCGGAUGCUGCGUGAUCAGUCGGUGCCUCGGGUGGCCCUCUGGCCGUCCCGUCUCCUCCCUCUGCUGCAGCGGAAACCCUCCCUCCGGAGCAGGGCAGGCCCCUCCUCAAGCACUUCCUGCUCCAGCCCGUGACUGAGGAACUCUGUGCGUGGCCCCCCCCAUCAGUGGCGGGGAGGGCCCAGGGCCCCAGGCCUCCCCUCCCCCCAGAGCUGCCUCUCCUGGGCCAGGUCGGCUCUGGGAAUCGUCCGUCUGUUUCCAGUGGUCCGUUGGGCGGCUCCGAGCGCCUUUUUACAUUUCCUGUGGCUGCAACAGACACUGAAGGUUGUUGGAUGAAAAGUGGAAGCUGGACUAAUGGGGGGGGGUCUCUACGUCUGCCCCCCCCCAACUUACCCGAGACUUCUUGAGCCGAGGGUGGCCUGCGGAGAGCUGGGCUUGGGUGUGUGCCAGCGACGCUUUGCUUCCCUGAAGGCCUGGAGAGUUUAUUUUUGUAUUCUCGCCCCCUGAGCCUGCAGCCCCGAGGCCGGCCGGCCUUCCCUCCCUCCCCCCCUGCUCAGCCGGCCUUCCCAUUUGCCUCCCUUCUGUGGCCCGGGGGAGCGUGGCAGAGCCUUCGUGCCCCUUUGCCAAGGGGCAGCUCUGUGCCUCCUCCCUCCCUCCCUCCCUCCCUCCCUCCUGUGGUGUGCAAAUGGCCCCUUUCUCUUCCCUGCUCUGGGCCCAGCUCCUCUGCUGGGUGCUGCUCAUACCUCCCAAGGAGUGUGAGUGGGGGGAAGGGAAGCCUUAUUUCUCCCUCUGGCCUGGGGAGAGGGGAGGGGUCGCUUGCCCAGCCACAGCAGGCCUGUGGGGCAGGGCCCCCUUCUUGAGCUGCCCCCCCCCCCAGAAGCAACUCCGUGCUUCCCGGUGCUUCUUGCUCAGGCAUGGUCCCCUGUCACUCAGGCUUCUGCUGCUGCCAGGCCUGUCUGGCAGAACACUCCUCGUGGCCUGGGGGUGGGGGGAGAGAGGGACCAGUCGCUUCUCUCUCCUCCCCUGCUUGAGCAGUUGGCCUGCCUGGAAAGGGGCAGCUGGGCCCAAAGCGCCCCCCCCCCCGGAACAGCCGGCGUUUGGCCUCCCUCCCCCUGCCCUGUGCCUCCC